AUGUUUAACAUUGAACAAUCUUCAAAUCAUCAAUCAAUUAGAAACAAGUUUUUUGAAAGACGAAUUAGUAAAAGUGGUAUUUCACAACUACAAGUUAAUCAAAAGCACCUUACUUCUGAACUUCAAACACCUAAAAAUAUUCGUCUAUAUUAUAUUAAAGAAGUAAAAACAACAAGUACGACGACAACUACUGCAUCUACUGUGAAUGUUUCUGCAUAUUGGACUUUCGAUAAUACAACAGCCGAUUCAUAUGGUGUUUAUAAUGGUCAACUAAUAAAUAAUCCAACAUAUACACCACCGACUUCAAAUAAUCUGCCAUAUGUUGGACGUGGUCAAGCACUUACCUUUAAUUCAACACUAAAUCAAUCAUUUGUAGUUUCAGCUCCAUUUUUUGAUAUGAGUUAUACAAGUUUUACUAUUGAAGCUUGGAUUUAUCCAAUACCACUUACAUCUAUCGUCGUUCGUGGAAUAUUUGGUCAAUGUCAAUGUUCAACAUGUGCUAAUCAAUGUUUAUAUUUAAUGAUACGAAAUAGCCGCUUGUAUGUUGACUUCAAUUCCAAUUAUUUGUCCGGUUCUACGACUUUUUCAACUUCUACUUGGUAUCAUAUUGCAUUUGUUUAUAAUUAUGAUACACGACAACAAAUAUUAUAUAUCAAUGGAAUUCAAGAUACUAUCAAAUCAAAUACAGAACCUUAUCAAGGACAUAAUGGAAGUAUCUACAUUGGUUCAACACAAACUAAUUCGACCACAAACUAUUUUCAAGGUUAUAUUGAUAAUGUCGCAUUAACAACAAGAGCAAAAUCUUCAGUAGAAAUUUUAAGUGAUGCAUCUUUAAUGGCUUAUUAUUCAUUUGAUUCACCAAAUCCAACUAUUGACAAUGGUCCAUAUGGAUUAAAUGGGACAUCGAUUAAUACAGCGACAAUUACUGGACGUGUCAAUCAAGCAAUGCGUUUUCUUGGAUCGUCAGCAUCUUAUUUUCGAGCUUAUGGUUUUUAUCAGCUGCCUUAUGGUGUUGUUAAUGCCAAACCAUUUUCAAUAGCUAUAUGGAUAAAUCCAUCAUCAGUCAAUAAUAUCGCAAUUAUUCAGAUGCUUUCGUCAGCUGUUAGUUCACUGAAUUGUGAAACUUUGCUUGGUAUUUCGUCAUCGAAUGGAUUAACGGGGCAGAUAAUUGUACAUAGUUCUAGUUCGGGUCAAUCAUGGUUAACUGGUCCAUUUGUGACACAAAAUACAUGGGCACACAUUGCAUUGACAUAUAGUUCAGCAAAUGGAUACACAUUGUAUGUCAAUGGAGUUCUUUUCGGUUCAACUGACAGUAUAUCAUAUUCAUCGAGCAGCACUUUUGCAAAUCUUUACAUAGGCUACGGGUAUUCUUGUUAUUCUAGUGCUGCAAAGGGAUAUUAUCAAGGUUACAUUGAUGAACUUUAUAUUUACAAUCGAGAACUAUCACAAUCGGACGUAACUAGUCUUGCUAAUCCAUGA